AUGGGAGAACCAACCAAUGAGAUGGGCAAUGAGGUUGAGGGUGGCUUUAUAUUUAGCACAGCACUAGGCUAUUGCAAUAGUAAAGGCCGAGCACUAUAUCACGAUCGCAAUAGUUACAGAGUGUUGUAUGAUCAAGAUGGUAAUCCCAGGCUUUCACGCUUUGGACUAAUGAAGAACAGCAAGGAUGGAAAAGAAUACAUUGCAAACUUGGCUUUUCUUAGUUUUCCUUUGGCUCUAGAAUAUUUAUUUUCUUAUGCUCAGAAUGAAGCUAUGGAUAAUCAGCAGAGCACGGUUGAGUUCCCCAAGGAUAAUCCAAUACCAAGUGUGAAAGCUCUGGCGUUCUACAAAUCUAGCACUUUCAUGGUUGAUGUUCAAUAUACUGAUCUCUUGGAAAAGGAGGUGGAAGUUCCGGUUGUCAAAGACUCAGCAAAUGAACUGUCCAGGAUGGAAACAGACGAGGUUGCUGUCGAUCCUACUCCCCAGAGUAGUACUAAAACUAACAUCAACAUGGAAGAUGCUAAAGGCUCUACUGAUAUCCCCGGUGCUGAAAAUGGUGUACUAGAAUCGGGAGAAAAGCCCAGUCAGUUGGAAACAGAUGCCAUGGUUAGUUAG